UGUAUCCCCAUCGCAGAAUUCAUACACUUUUAUCCAUUGGUAUUAUGUACAAUGCAAAUUUCAUUAAUUUAAAAUAAAGAACUAAUAAUGGGAAACGAUGAGCAUGAUCUUGGAGAACUGCUCAUGGUUCUGGGAGAUCUUCACGUCCCUCAAAGAUCACUAUUCUUGCCGCCCUGUUUCAAGCGCCUUCUUAAAACUGAUAAAAUUAAAAGAGUUAUAUGUACAGGCAACGUAGGCUCAAAUGAAAUGCUGGAGGUUCUAAACGAUAUUUCUCCAUCACUACACAUAGUACAGGGAGACUACGAUGACGAUUUUAAUCACCCAGAAACCCUCACUAUUAACGUCGGAGACUUGAAAAUUGGAGUCAUAAACGGGUACCAAAUACCCACAUGGAAUAACAAAGAUCUACUUCUGAAGGUGGCUGUGGACAUGAAUGUAGAUAUAUUGGUAUAUGGGCACUCUCACGUGAGUGAUAUUUCAAAACAUGGUGGGAAAAUAUUUGUAAAUCCAGGCUCAGCAACAGGAUGUUACCAGCCAUGGCAGCCAAAGUCAAUUCCAACAUUCAUGUUGAUGGCAAUACAAGGGUCAAAAGUGGUAAUUUACGUUUAUGAGGAACAUGACGGAGAAGCCCAGGUUAUCAUGACUGAGUUGGAUAAUUUGGAAUCUGGAAAAGCGCCUUCAAAUUCAGCUAAUUCUUCAUCACCCUUACCGUCUCCAAAGAAUUCUUAAGUUAUUUUUUAAUAUAGAUAAAAUAACAAGUACACUAAACUACUAUUUGAU